AGAGGUGGGCAUGCAGCUCUCUAAUCAGAACCAUUAGUUUAUCCAUUGCUGAAGAUUCUGCAACCCAAUAUACAAUAUCAGACUUACUUGAUACUCAGACGGCUCUAGUAAUAACCUCAACAGGGGAGCCUUCCAUUCCUUAGUGCUCUGUCUUGCUUGCGCGCUUUGAGGUUCUUCUUUGCUGUUUCUCAACUGAUAAUCUAUUUCAAGUAUGAGUGCUAGAAGUAUGUUUCCCUUCACCUCAGCUCAGUGGCAGGAGCUUGAAAAUCAAGCUCUCGUCUUCAAAUACAUGGUUUCUGGUGUUCCUAUACCUCCUGAUCUCCUUUUCAGUAUUAAAAGAAGUACCUUGGAGUCUCCUUUCACUUCUAAGCUCUUCCCACACCAUUCUCAACAGGGUAUAUCAACAUCUCUCUCUCUCUCUCUCUUACUUUCUCUUUCUCUCUCUGAAAUGUUUGUGUUUCAUGCAGUUGGAUGGAACUGUUUGCAGAUGAGUUUGGGGAGGAAGAUAGACCCAGAACCAGGGAGGUGCAGGAGAACUGAUGGGAAAAAGUGGAGAUGCUCAAAAGAGGCGUACCCAGAUUCGAAAUACUGUGAGAGGCACAUGCAUAGAGGCAAGAAUCGUUCAAGAAAGCCUGUGGAUGUUCUGAAAACAACAGCAACAAACGAGUUAAACCACCUCUCAAAUCAAGCAUUUUCUUCCUUAAAUAAGAACUCAUCCUUACACUCCUAUCGGCCCUUCCCGGCUCCUCAAAUGUCUUCAAAUCCUAAUGGAAAUGGCAUAUCAACCAAAGACACCAAUACCCUCUUGCUUCUGGAUCCUGGUUCUUACUCGGACAGAAGCCCAGAUUACAGGUACACUUAUGGGCUAAAAGAGGAAGUGGAUGAGCAUGUUUUCUUUUCGCAAGAACCAUCUGAAGCUACUGCGAGAGCAGAUUUCUCUGCUUCUUCCACCGUUGAUUCUCUGCAAUUGACACCACUAACGAUGAGUUGUUCUUCUCUAUACCCAAAACAAAACAACUUCUCCUCUUUGCAGAGUGGUCAAUCAUGUUAUCCGCUUCAUCAGAGCCUCACAGACCCUUUAAAGCAACAAAAGAGAGAGGAAUCGCAGAAGAAAGUUCAUCGAUUCUUCGAUGAAUGGCCUCAAAAAGAAGGAGGAUCAUGGCUUGAUUUUAACGAUAAAUCGUCAAAUAUUGGCUCAGUCUCCACCACUCGGCUCUCAAUUUCCAUUCCCACCGCUUCCAACGAACUCCCCAUUUUCAGAUCCAAAAACCCAUAAUGAUACCUAUCCCCAAACUCCCAAUUUUUUUUCUUUAAUCUUGUUCUUUCUCUGAAGUCAGUUUGUUCCUGUGCUUGAUCUCCAGGGUGACCCUAGCUGUUCCUUAUUGAAUUUUGUUUUGUUCCUAAGGAUGUACUUCCUGCUGAGUUUCACCCCUUCUUUUUUCUUAGGUAGGGUGUGGUUGAAUUGGGCCAUGGGUUGUUUAUUAAACGAAUGUUCCAUCUUUUUUCCUGUACUUGUCGACUUUUCUACAUCACUCAUACAUAGGAGGUUUUUGAUCACCUGAACAGUGCUACUAGGCAUGGGAAUCAAAUCUAGUCCCAUUUCUUU